AAAAACCCUUCUCCUCUUCUCAUUAAUUUUUCUUUAUUCUUUCUUGCCAUUCCUUAACAUUAUUUAGUGAACAUGCUUGGUCUUGGUCCUCUAUUUGGGUGGAGAAAAGCUUCCAAGUGCAAGAAAUUAGUUAAUCUUCUUCGUUGUCGUCUUAAACUACUGAAGAGCAAGAGGUACGUAAUUGUGAGGCAAUUACGUGAGGACAUUGCUCAGCUUCUUAAUAAUGGUCAAUAUGAACGAGCAUUUUCCCUGGCUGAGCAACUGUUCAGGGACCAGAGCUUAUUGGAUGCAUAUGAUUUGUUGGGCAAUUACUGUGAAUUUAUCAUCAUCCGAUUCCGUUAUAUACGCAGAUACAAGGACUGUCCUGAAGAUAUUAUUGAAGCAAUUUCAACAUUAAUAUUUGCUACUGCGUGGUGUGGGGAUCUGCCUGAGCUACCAGUGAUCAGAAAGCUAUUUGGCGAGCGCUUCGGGAACAAAUUCACAAAGGCCUCUGCUGAAUUGCAUUCUGGAAACUUUGUUAAUCCUGAGAUAAGAAAGAAACUCUAUAUAGAGUCCGUUCCUGAUGAUGUAAAAUUAAAAUUGAUCAUUCAAGGAGCCAAGGAGUACGUUUUCAUGCCAGGGCAGCUUGGAUGCGACAGCACAAGCAAAGUACAUCUCUUGCAGUGUGGAAAAAUUAAUGAUCGUCACUUGGAAGGGUUCAUUUUCAAAGAAGAGGCUUGUGUCAGCUACAACAAGCAUAGCCAGAGUGUAUUGUCUUUUGUCUCAGUACCUGCAAAACAUAUUCAAGCACAAUGCAAGAAAAAACCAACAGUAAUGCCUAGAAAAACAUCCAGCCCAAGUAGUAGUUUAGAAAGUUGUGGCUCAAGCAAGCUUUCCACAGCCUCUUCUGAAGAAACGGAAGAUCCUGGGAGAACGAAAAAUGUCUAUCUAGAAGAAGUAAAAGAGUUAGAGUUUAGUGUACUACAAGACCAGUACAGUGAGGACAAAAGAAUAUUUUUGUUCAAUUCUUGCAUCCAUCCGUUAAGGACAAAACAAGUAUCAGAUUGUCCUGAAUCUUGUAGAGAGGCAGACAAAGUUGCAAAUGCAGCUAGUUCAAGUAUCAUAGUUCAUCAAGAUCAACGGUCAGAAGGAAGUGCAACAUCAUCUUGUAGCCAUGUGCAUCCAAAGCUCCCAGACUACGAUGAAUUGGCUGUGAAAUUUAAGGCACUAAAGGAACAACAUCUUCAAAGAAAAAACCGCUACAAACGACAAGUUCUUUAUUUUCUAGGAAAUGACAGAUUUUGUUGAUUUGUGCAGGUAAUUUACUAACCUGAGAGCUCCAAGUUCAAAGCAUAGCAUUGAAUGUUAUUCUCA